AUGCCAGUUCCAAAGGUAUCAUCUGAAUCUUCGUUCCUGGAAAAUGUCCCAGACUCGAACCUGUACGUGCUGCGGCAGGAGUUCCAGAUGGAGAUGGAGAAGGUCAUGGCCAAACUGAAAUCCUUGGAAGAUCAGCUUCUGAGAGAAGUCCUGGAGAAAGAAUUUGCGGGUCACAAAGCGGACCCAGAUGCCAAGGAUGUUGCUCAAGACACCGCAACGAACGCCCCCACUGAGCCAAACUUGCCAGAGGAGGUCGAAGUCAUUGAAGUGGAGCAGCACGAGGACAAAGAGCACCAUGUUGGAAUGGUCCAUUUUAGCCUAAGCGCUUGGACCUAUCCUGUGGUGCUUGGAUUGGCAGAUGCAGGGCCCUGGGACGUGGUUUUUUCCGUCUUGCUGAUGUUUCUGAACUUUGGAAUGCAGGUCAUGUUUUCCUACAUCAUUCUGGGUGUGGACUUCAUGGGCGAAGAGUUUGAGGAACAGGUCGCUUUUGCAAAGCGCUGGCGAAGCAGCUUUGCACAUGAUUGGAAGUAUGUGGACCUGACGUCCCGCAGCCUCGUGACACGCGUCUGCGGCGGCGACGGCUCCUUGAUGUUGGCCAACCGGCAGGCUACUCUGGUUGAGCACAUCAACAGCUACAUGGGGCUGAAACAUGACGAAUUUGAAGCGGGUUUCUUUCAAACUGGCAUCCUGCUUUGCACGCUUUGUAUCCUCCUUUGGGCCUUGUGUGUCUACAAGGAAUUUCGAAACAUUUGGCUCACCUUGGAAGGCAUUUGGCAGCUCCCUCGCACUCCUGAGACGGUCCUCCGGGACAACAAGCUGCAAAGCUUAUCAAAGCUGCGCUUUAAAUGGCUGGCGUCCACGUGUAUCACUCGAUUUGUGAUUGCCACUGUGCUUCUUAUCUCUGGCACCCAGUGGUUGGCCCGUACCACGUCCAUCACAGAGCUGAUGUUGAACGCCGUGGCCUUGAAUGCCAUUCUCGAUGUGGACGAGUUUCUAUUCGCAGGGUUCACCCCGCUCUCCAUCCAAGUCGCUAUCGAGAAGCUGGAGCCCAUAACGAUCCGCCAAAGCCGAAGGCGAAGUCAAAGCGAAUCCUUGGUGCUGUUUCUGCUGCUACUCUUCACCGCGCUUUUCCCCUACCUGGCUCUCUUGCAGCCGCUGGGGCAAACCAUGCUGGCGGUGAAGUGGAAUCUCUGUGCCGGAAACCAGCAGUUCGUGGUGGCCAAGAACACCAACAGCCAGGUCAUUGUGGGCUUUGAAACCGGCUCGGCAUUGUCAGAGGCCGCCAACACCGUCUUGCAGCUGGCCGUGGAACGGCAGGUGCAUCAAUCACCAGAUGAUCGCUAUGGCUACUACAUCUCUUUUGAGCUGCCUUCCAUCUUUGAACGGGCAAGAAGUCGAACUAUGGCACAAGAAAGCGAUCAGUUCUCCUUCUGUAUAGAGACAGAUCAUCUCGAUCCAGGCGGUUCCCUUCAUGGAGACCCCGUUCUCUGGUACAACGUCGCGGCACCGCGGCUGCGCACGGCAGCAGCGCUGCUGGGGCGUGAGGAUGUGGACAGCUGCGAACAGGCAGCAGACCUUUGCAAUCGAACAGAUGCCCAGUUGCUUCGCAUGGUCUGCGGAAGGACUUGCAAUUGUACUGAUCCACAUCAUUUCCCCUGGCUCAAAGUACCCGCGCAAGGUUGCCAAACCUCUUGCUUGAACGAAGCAGUGCGGGAGUUCAAAUGGGAGCAAUGCCAAGAUCAGCCGACGGAUGGAACGUGGUCUGAGUUGUGGGAUGGCUACGUGCCGACCCUCAACCAUUGGCUUGGAGCCGACAUCUCGCAGUCCACCACCUUCUACAACGACAUCCUGCAGUGGCUUGCUGCGGUGAAGGCUCUUGGCUGCCCAGCUCUUGGCGAUCCCAAGUUCAAAUUCGAGGUCACAGGGGCAAGAGAAUGGUGCGCAGGUGAUCCCAACUUCUUUCGGCCAUUGGCUUUGACCUGUCCCGUGAGCUGUGGAUGUUUGGCAGAGAAUCCGCCUAGCUAUUGCCCCCCUUGCUCUGCCAAUUCAUCCGCGUGA